CAACCACUUUGCCUUUUAAAGAUUCAUUACACCCUUCUCUCUCUUUCUUUAUGUACUCUAUGAAAUGGUCAUUGAUUUUCUUGAAUCUUGAUAAAAAGAAUUGGGUUCUCAAGAACCCAUUUUGUGAUUUAAUCCAUUUCAAAUCUUGUUAGUUAGCGAUGGCUGCUGCUUCUGAUGUGAGGUUGGCCUUCCUUUCUUCUCUGCUGCUGCUUGUUUUUCUCAUGAAUUCUUGUGAUUCACUUUCCUUACAUAAUCUCUACCUCAAGAAACAAGCUUCAGUUCUUGUUUCUGUUAAACAAUCUUUCCAAUCCUAUGAUCCUUCUCUCAAUACCUGGAACAUGUCUAACUACUUGUAUCUAUGUUCUUGGGCUGGUAUCAGUUGUGACCAAAUGAAUAGAUCAGUAGUUUCUUUAGAUAUUUCCAGUUUCAACAUCUCUGGUAUCCUCUCACCUGUCAUCACCGAACUUCGAACUCUUGUCCAUCUUUCUCUCCCCGGUAACAGUUUCGUUGGCGAAUUCCCAACUGAAAUUCACAGGCUUUCAAGGCUUCAAUUCCUCAAUGUUUCUGAUAAUCAAUUCAGUGGGGAGGUGGAGCAUUGGGAUUUCUCUCGGUUGAAAGAGCUUCAGGUUCUUGAUGUUUAUGACAACAGCUUCAAUGGUUCACUUCCAUUGGGUGUUACUCAACUUGAUAAACUCAAGCACUUGGAUUUUGGCGGGAAUUACUUUACAGGCACUAUCCCUGCAAGUUAUGGGACUAUGAAGCAGUUGAAUUUUCUGUCAGUAAAAGGAAAUGAUUUGCGCGGUUUUAUACCUUGUGAGCUUGGUAAUCUGACUAAUCUUGAGAAGCUUUAUUUGGGUUAUUACAACGACUUCGAUGGAGGAAUCCCGCCAGAGUUUGGCAAGCUGAUCAAUCUUGUUCAUCUUGACCUUGCAAAUUGUAGCUUGGAGGGUCCAAUACCUCCAGAGCUGGGCAAUCUUAACAAGUUAGAUACCCUUUUCUUGCAGACAAAUGAGCUCACUGGUACAAUUCCUCCUGAGUUGGGCAAUUUGAGCAGCAUCCAAUCACUUGAUCUUUCAAACAAUGGACUAACAGGAGAUGUCCCACUUGAAUUUUCUGGUCUUCAAGAACUCACUCUUCUGAACCUAUUCCUUAAUAAGCUACAUGGAGAGAUCCCUCAUUUCAUUGCGGAGCUACCAAAGUUGGAAGUCCUGAAGCUGUGGAAGAAUAAUUUCACAGGGUCCAUUCCUGAAAAGCUUGGAGAAAAUGGCAGAUUAGUUGAGCUUGAUCUGUCCAGCAACAAGCUUACUGGAUUAGUUCCUAGAUCACUCUGCUUAGGAAGGAAACUGCAGAUUCUAAUUCUGCGAAUCAACUUUCUCUUCGGUCCUUUACCUGAUGAUCUUGGUCACUGUGAUACACUAUCAAGAGUUAGACUGGGCCAGAAUUACCUGACAGGAUCUAUUCCCAGCGGUUUUCUUUACUUGCCAGAGUUGUCUCUGAUGGAGUUGCAGAACAAUUAUCUGACUGGCCGAGUUCCCCUGCAAACAAGUAAGCUAUCCUCAAAGCUAGAGCAGCUGAAUCUUUCAGAUAAUCGGUUGUCCGGGCCUCUUCCUGCAUCUAUAGGAAAUUUCUCUAGCUUGCAGAUUCUUCUAUUGAGUGGAAACCAAUUCAUAGGGAAAAUUCCACCUGAAAUAGGUCAGUUAAAAAAUGUCCUCACUUUGGAUAUGAGUAGAAACAAUUUCUCUAGCAAUAUUCCUUCUGAGAUUGGUAAUUGUCCAAUGCUGACAUUUUUAGAUUUGAGCCAAAAUCAACUCUCAGGACCAAUUCCAGUUCAGAUCAGCCAAAUUCACAUAUUAAAUUACUUCAACAUCUCUUGGAACCACCUAAACCAAAGCCUUCCUAAAGAAAUUGGGUCCAUGAAAAGCUUGACUUCUGCUGAUUUCUCCCACAAUAACUUCUCUGGUUCUAUACCUGAAUUUGGACAGUAUACAUUCUUUAACUCUUCAUCUUUUGCUGGUAAUCCUCUUCUUUGCGGUUAUGACUUGAACCAAUGCAACAAUUCUUCUUUCUCUUCAUUACAAUUCCAUGAUGAAAAUAACUCUAAGUCCCAGGUUCCAGGAAAAUUCAAGCUCCUAGUUGCUUUGGGACUAUUACUAUGUUCAUUGGUUUUUGCUGUUUUGGCGAUCAUCAAGACUCGAAAGAGACGAAAGAACUCGAGAAGUUGGAAGCUGACAGCAUUUCAGAAACUUGAAUUCGGUUGUGGAGACAUCCUGGAAUGUGUAAAAGAAAACAACAUUAUAGGAAGAGGAGGAGCUGGGAUUGUGUAUAAAGGGAUAAUGCCUAACGGAGAACAAGUAGCAGUCAAGAAACUGUUAGGAAUCAGCAAAGGAUCAUCUCAUGAUAAUGGUCUAUCAGCAGAAAUACAAACAUUAGGCAGAAUCAGGCAUAGGAACAUUGUACGGUUGCUGGGAUUUUGUUCAAAUAAAGAGAUGAAUCUACUAGUCUAUGAGUACAUGCCACAUGGAAGCUUAGGUGAAGUUCUGCAUGGGAAAAGAGGUGGUUUUCUCAAGUGGGAUACAAGAUUGAAAAUCGCCAUUGAAGCUGCAAAAGGGUUAUGUUACUUGCAUCAUGACUGUUCACCUCUAAUUAUCCACAGGGAUGUUAAGUCCAACAACAUUUUGCUCAACUCAGAAUUUGAAGCUCAUGUAGCUGAUUUUGGACUUGCCAAGUUCUUGCAAGACACUGGAACAUCAGAAUGCAUGUCUGCAAUUGCUGGUUCCUAUGGCUACAUUGCUCCAGAAUAUGCAUAUACUUUGAAAGUAGACGAAAAGAGUGAUGUAUACAGUUUCGGAGUGGUAUUACUAGAGCUAAUCACAGGUCGGAGACCGGUGGGUGCUUUCGAGGAAGAAGGAUUAGACAUUGUUCAGUGGACUAAAAUACAGACAAACUCGAGCAAAGAAAAGGUGAUUAAGAUCCUGGAUCAAAGGCUAAGUGACAUUCCACUAAAUGAGGCAACCCAGGUCUUCUUUGUAGCAAUGCUAUGUGUUCAAGAACACAGUGUGGAAAGACCAACCAUGAGAGAAGUGGUUCAAAUGCUUGCACAAGCUAAACUACCCAAUACAUUUCACAUGCAGUGACUUCAUCAUAACUAAUGCCAGCAACAGCAGUACCAUACAAGCAGCUGGUUUGUUUGACAGAUCCAGUGGUUGAGAUUGGGUGAUUCUCUGCUCUUGCAGUAGCUACAUUAAUAUAAAUCAUAGUAUAUAUAUAUUAUGUUUGAUGCCUUUUAAAUUUUCUGAUUUUUGCCUUGUAUUUUUAUUACCCAAUUUUUGUGUUAUAGUUACGCUUGAAAGGCACAUAAUAAUUCGUGCUGCUUGUAGUGAGAAAAAACAUUUAUAGGGGGUGUUUUGGUCAUUCUAUCUAGCAAUGGAAACAAGAGUAGAGGGAAAAAAAAUAAUGUGUAUGUUAUGAAAGAGAAAGCAUGAUAAUUAUUGGGUUCA